ACGCCACAAAGCCCUGCCCUAGUGCUGACAGCGUGGGAGGGGCCACUGUUGGCCCAGCCCCACCCCCAACCAAGAUCCCUUUGCCAGGGAUUCAGAGGUAGCCCUGAUGCCUGGCUGGCCUGGCCUCCUAAUCCAAGGCCCGCCCCUUGGCCCGCCCCGGUCUGGGUGGGGUGACCCCCUACAAAAGCUCAGAAUUUCCAGCAGCGGCUCCUUCCUCCAGGAGUCUGUGGUGCAGCUGGGGUGGAAUCUGGCCAGGCCCUGCUUAGGCCCCCAUCCUGGGGUCAGGAAAUUUGGAGGAUAAGGCCCUUCAAGCCCCAAGGUCAGCAGGGACGAGCGGGCAGACUGGCGGGUGUACAGGAGGGCUGGAUUGACCUGUCCUUGGUCACUGAGGCCAUUGGAUCUUCCUCCAGUGGCUGCCAGAAUUUCUGGUGGAAGAGACAGGAAGGCCUCCUCCCCUUGGUCAGGUCAGCCUGGGGGCUGAGGGCCUGGCUGUCAGCCACUCUUCCCAGAACAGAUGUCAUGGCCUCAGUGGCUCAUGGGGAAGCAGGGGUGGGCGAGCUUAGGCUAGAGCAAGUCCUGUGGGAGAUGGCAGAGGCCUGGUCUGAGAGGCAACUCGGAUGUGCCCUCCAGUGGCCAUGCUCCCCUCCAUGCGUCUCCUCUGCCCUCCCGGAGCCCUGCAGGUCAAUGUUUAACAGAAACCAGAGCAGCGGUGGAUUAAUGUGCAAGGGGUCAGCCCCCCAGCCAUGAGCAGUGGGGGAAUCUUUGCAACCUGUUCUCAGCUCUGCCUCCCCUGGCCAGGUUGUCCUCGACCAGUCCCGUGCCAUGGCAGCCCACCUGCUUCCCAUCUGCGCCCUCUUCCUGACCUUACUCGAUAUGGCCCAAGGCUCUAGGGGCCCCUUGCUACCCAACCGGCCCUUCACCACCGUCUGGAAUGCAAACACCCAGUGGUGCCUGGAGAGGCACGGUGUGGACGUGGAUGUCAGUGUCUUCGAUGUGGUAGUCAACCCAGGGCAGACCUUCCGCGGCCCUGACAUGACAAUUUUCUAUAGCUCCCAGCUGGGCACCUACCCCUACUACACGCCCAGUGGGGAGCCUGUGUUUGGUGGUCUGCCCCAGAAUGCCAGCCUGAUUGCCCACCUGGCCCGCACAUUCCAGGACAUCCUGGCUGCCAUACCUGCUCCUGACUUCUCAGGGCUGGCAGUCAUCGACUGGGAGGCAUGGCGCCCACGCUGGGCCUUCAACUGGGACACCAAGGACAUUUACCGGCAGCGCUCACGGGCACUGGUACAGGCGCAGCACCCUGAUUGGCCAGCUCCUCAGGUGGAGGCAGUAGCCCAGGACCAGUUCCAGGGAGCUGCACGGGCCUGGAUGGCAGGCACCCUCCAGCUGGGGCGGGCACUGCGUCCUCGCGGCCUCUGGGGCUUCUAUGGCUUCCCUGACUGCUAUAACUAUGACUUUCUAAGCCCCAACUACACCGGCCAGUGCCCAUCAGGCAUCCGUGCCCAAAAUGACCAGCUAGGGUGGCUGUGGGGCCAGAGCCGUGCCCUCUAUCCCAGCAUCUACAUGCCCGCAGUGCUGGAGGGCACAGGGAAGUCACAGAUGUAUGUGCAGCACCGUGUGGCCGAGGCAUUCCGUGUGGCUGUGGCUGCUGGUGACCCCAAUCUGCCAGUGCUGCCCUAUGUCCAGAUCUUCUAUGACAUGACAAACCACUUUCUGCCCCUGGAUGAGCUGGAGCACAGCCUGGGGGAGAGUGCGGCCCAAGGGGCAGCUGGAGUGGUACUCUGGGUGAGCUGGGAAAAUACAAGAACCAAGGAAUCAUGUCAGGCCAUCAAGGAGUAUAUGGACACUACACUGGGGCCCUUCAUCCUGAACGUGACCAGUGGGGCCCUUCUCUGCAGUCAAGCCCUGUGCUCCGGCCAUGGCCGCUGUGUCCGCCGUCCCAGCCACCCCAAAGCCCUCCUCCUCCUUAACCCUGCCAGUUUCUCCAUCCAGCUCACGCCUGGUGGUGGGCCCCUGAGCCUGCGGGGUGCCCUCUCACUUGAAGAUCAGGCACAGAUGGCUGUGGAGUUCAAAUGUCGAUGCUACCCUGGCUGGCAGGGACCGUGGUGUGAGCAGAAGAGCAUGUGGUGAUUGGCCACACAUUGAGUUGCACAUAUUGAGAACCUAAUGCACUCUGGGUCUGGCCAGGGCUUCCUCAAAUACAUGCACGGUCAUACAAGUCAUGGUCACAGUAAAGAGUACACUCAGCCACUGUCACAGGCAUAUUCCCUGCACACACAUGUAUACUUACAGACUGGAAUAGUGGCAUAAGGAGUUAGAACCACAGCAGACACCAUUCAUUCCAUGUCCAUGUGCAUCUACUUGGCAAGGUCAUAGACAAUUCCUCCAGAGACACUGAGCCAGUCUUUGAACUGCAGCAACCACAAAGGCUGACAUUAACUGAGUGCCUACUCUUUGCCAGUCCCCGUGCUAAGCAUUUUAUGUGGACUUAUUCAUUCCUCACAAUGAGGCUAUGAGGAAACUGAGUCACUCACAUUGAGGGUAAGCACGUUGCCCAAGGUUGCACAGCAAGAAAAGGGAGAAGUUGAGAUUCAAAUCCAGGCUGUCUAGCUCCGGGGGUACAGCCCUUGCACUCCUACUGAGUUUAUGGUAACCAGCCCUGCACGACCCCUGAAUCUGCUGAGAGGCACCAGUCCAGCAAAUAAAGCAGUCAUGAUUUA